GUUUUUUGAGUAGAUUAAUAAUUUGUAAAGAUGAAGAUAUUGUUUUUGUUCAUUAUUGUCUUAUUUUUGAGUUUAGGAAAGGCUUUUGAUGAUAAUGACAUUAAUAUGAUAGUAUCUUUCGUCACGCUCGAUGAUAGGGCCACAGCUGUAUUGACACCUUAUGUAUGUUGGAGUGCAUAUGAACUGACAUCUCUAGCGAAGACUCUGCACGAUACUGGUAUCAGCAUGGCGGCGUCACUGCAGCCGAACAGACCUGAACUAUUUCUGCAGAACCUCGUCAUAGUGGUCGACUUGAGGUGCAGAGGAACUGAUGACUUCUUGAUCAAGGCCAGUGACGAAGGUUUCUUUAAGUCUCCAUACCGGUGGCUGCUAAUAAGCCAUGACCAAACCGAGCUGAACGUCUUGGAUCAUUUGGCUAUGCUGGUAGAUAGUGACGUCAUUGUAGCGCAAAGGAGAGGAGAGGAUUAUCAAUACGUCGAAGUUUACAAAAUAAUAGAGAACUCUCAACUGAUGUACAGCACCAGAGCUCUAUGGCGACCCAUAGACAAGAAUCGCAACAACACUGCAAUAAUAACUUACUAUAACAAAUCGAAAGCUGUAGCUAACAAAUAUGGAAUAGUAGAAGACUAUAGAAAGAGCAAGAUCCUGUCUAUUAAGAGAAUGGAUAUAAGGAAGCAUACGUUGACGAUGGUUAAUGUUAUAACGGACAGCAAUGAUACUAGGAAACAUAUGGAUGACAGAUUAAACUUACACCAAGACUCCAUAACAAAGAUGUCAUACAUGGUGGUGAAGAUCUGCUUCGAGAUGAUGAACUCCACGGAGAAGCUGAUAUUCACCAACACCUGGGGCUACGUGGACAAGAACGGCUCCUGGAACGGCAUUAUAGAGAGGCUCAUCAAGAAAGAAGGGGAUAUUGGGACCUUGACAAUCUUCACCCAAGAGCGCAUGAAGAGCAUCGACUACAUCGCAAUGGUGGGCACCACGGCAGUCCGUUUCGUGUUUCGCGAGCCUCCUCUCGCUUAUGUCUCCAACAUCUUUGCUCUCCCUUUCACUGGCGCGGUGUGGCUGGCCGUGUUCGUCUGUGUGCUGGCUUGUGCCUUGUUCAUGUAUAUCACGUCCAAGUGGGAAGCCACUAUGGGCAUGCAUCCAAUGCAGCUUGACGGAUCGUGGGCGGAUGUGUUGAUUUUGAUAAUUGGUGCUGUGCUGCAGCAAGGUUGUACUCUGGAACCCAGGCGUGCAGCAGGGAGGAUAGUGACUCUGUUACUCUUCGUCGCACUAACAAUAUUGUACGCCGCAUACUCUGCCAACAUCGUCGUGCUGCUGCGAGCCCCAAGUUCUUCAGUCAGGAGUCUACAGGACAUAUUGAACUCCCCUAUCAAGCUGGGCGCGAGUGAUUUCGCCUACAAUAGGUAUUUUUUCAAGAAAUUGAAUGAACCUCUUCGCAAAGAGAUCUACAACAAGAAGAUCGCACCGAAAGGAAAGAAAGCUAACUUUUACACAAUGAAGGAAGGAAUUGAGAAGAUUAGAAAGGGUCUUUUCGCUUUCCACAUGGAACUGAACCCUGGCUACCGUCUUAUCCAAGAGACCUACCAGGAGGACGAGAAGUGUGACCUUGUAGAAAUAGACUACAUCAAUGAGAUAGACCCUUGGGUGCCUGGACAGAAGCGAUCGCCGUACAAAGACCUGUUUAAGAUCAACUUCAUAAAGAUCCGUGAAUCCGGCAUCCAACACUGCAUCCACCAGCGCCUCCACGUGGGCAAGCCGCGGUGCCUCGGCGCCGUCAACACCUUCAGCAGCGUGGGCAUCAUGGACAUGUACUCGGCCAUGCUGGCUACCAUGUACGGCAUGUUCAUGGCACCAGCGGUGUUGUUACUAGAGAUUGCCUAUAACCGCCUGAUGGUGGCUCGAGAAAAAAGAAUGCAGCACAAUAAUGCACACUUAGUCUACUAA